UGCUCUAACCCACCAGCCCCCACUCCCCUCCCAGAGCCAGGGAGAGAACCCAGGAGUCCUGGCUCCCAGCCCCCUCUGGUAUCUGUUGCCCCGGGGAGAGGUGUCUCCCACAGGCUCCAGACAGCUGGGGGCCCUUCCCCUGGGUUUGUGGUCACAACAGCAGGGUGGGACUGGGGAGGGGGACGCCCUGAAGCUUUGCAAAGCCCAGGCACCAGCCCCUAACUCGGAGCAGAGCCGGCCGGUGCCCGGCCCUGGGGCCAGAGCGGAGCCGCUGGCCUUGGCAGAGAAUCUGCCUCUGUCUGUCCGUCUGUCCCCCAGGCCAACAGACCUUGGUCCAGGAAAAGAUCUUACCUCACCCUGGGACCCUCAUGGCUCCAGGGACACUGCACGUCCCUAGACACGGGGUGUCUGCCACCCAUCGCCGCCCCCACCCCGGGAUCUGUCUGUCCCCGUCCACCCCUUCUGUCUAUCUGUCCCCAUGCACCCCCUCUAUCUAUCCAUCCCCACCCACCCCCAGCCCUGCCUCUCUCUCUCCCCCUGCACCCCCCCUCUCUCUACCUGUCUCUCCCCACACCCACCCUCUAAUCUCCCCACACUCUCUCUUUCUGCCGGCCCCUGCCCCCACCUGUCUUCGCCCGGCCCAGACCGGUGUCCCUGGCUCCAGGCAGCUGGUUCCGCUCCCCCCAGGGUGGGGCAGGGCUGAUGGGGCUAUAAACCCCGGGGAGAGGGGGUGGGGGCAGCCAGUGGAGCCAGGCAGGGCCAUGGGGCUGUGCAGCUCAAGGAAGGGGGAGCCCAAGAAGGGGGCUGGGGGUCCGGGGUCCCAGGGGCAGCACCUGGACAGUGAGCUGCUCGGGGAGACCUACCAGAAGCUGUUCGGCAGGGACCAGCGGCCGAGGGGGCGCAAGGCUGUGCAAAGAGUGAUACAGGCGCUGAAACCGCUGGGUCUGUCCGUCCGCUCCCAGAUCCUGAAGCUGGGCGAGGACUGGAUCUUCCUUUUCCUCCUGGGCAUCUCCAUGGCGACCAUCAGCUUCGGCCUCGACGUCGUCAUCUCCAAGUUCCAGCGAGCCAACCUGUGGGUCUACGACGCCCUGGAGGGCUACCGGGCCCUGCAGUAUUUCUCCUGGGUCCUCUACCACGCGGGGCUCAUGAUGGUCUCCGCCGGAGUCGCCAAAUACAUCUCGCCGCAGGCAGCAGGCUCCGGGAUCCCCGAGCUGAAGGUGACGCUCCGGGGGGUCGUGCUGAGCGAAUUCUUCACCCUGCGAACCGGCCUGGCCAAGCUGGUCGGGGUGAUCUGCACCCUGGGGGCCGGCAGCACCAUCUUCCUGGGCAAAGUGGGCCCCUUCGUUCACAUGGCCACGAUCCUGGCCACCCAGCUGGGCCGCGUGAUGGUUCGAGUCGCCGGGACCAAGGAGAACUCGGCCCGCAAGUACGAGAUGUUGGUGGCCGGGGCAGCCGUGGGGGUGGCCUGCUGCUUCGUGGCCCCCGUGGGGGGGGUGCUGUUCUCCGUGGAGGCGACCGGGACCCACUUCGCGCUGCGGGAUUAUUGGCGCGGCUUCUUCUCGGCCACCUGCGCCGCCCUCACCUUCCGCCUGCUGCCGCUGCUGCACGGGGAGAGCGAGACGGUGGCCGUUCUCUUCAGCACCAGCUGGCGCGUCGAGUUCCCCUUCGACCUGCCCGAGCUGCUCUCGUUCGCCCUGCUGGGGGCGCUGUGUGGGGCUCUCUGCUGCGUCUACCUCUUCUGCCACCGCAACCUCCUGCUGCUGCUGCAGAACCGGCCCCUGCCCCGGCGCCUGCUGGGCAGCAACAAAAUCCUCCACGCGGGGCUGGUCUCCCUGGUGCUGGCGAGCGUCACCUUCCCCCACGGGCUGGGGCAGUUCCUGGGGGCGCGGCUGACCAUGAAGGAGCUGCUGGAGACUUUCUUCAACAACUGCACCUGGGGGCGGGCGGAGCUGGGGGGGCUGAACGCCUCCCGCCAGCCCCCCCACCCCUCCUACGGCGACCCCUGGCUCCAGUGGACCCACCCCCGGCUCUCCUCCCUCGAGAUGCUCAGCGUCUUCCUGCUCGCCAAGUUCUUCAUGCUGCUCCUCGCCACCACCAUGGUCGUCCCCGCCGGCUACUUCCUGCCCGUCUUCGUCUACGGCGCGGGGCUCGGCCGGCUCUAUGGCGAGAUCAUGGCCAAGGUUUUCCCCGAGGGGAUCGUCUCCGACGGGCUCCGCAUUGCCAUCGGCCCCGCGGCCUACGCCCUGGCCGGCGCGGCGGCCUACUCGGGCGCGGUGACCCACACGCUCUCCACGGCGCUGCUGGUGUUCGAGCUGACGGGGCAGAUGUCCCACGUGCUGCCCGUGCUCAUCGCGGUGCUGGUGGCCAACGGGCUCAGCCAGCGGCUCCAGGCCUCCUUCUUUGACGGCAUCAUCAUCGCCAAGCAGCUGCCCUACCUGCCCAAGCUGGGCGUGGGGCAGAGCGGGGCCCACGACAUCUACGCGGAGGAUUUCAUGGUCACAGACCUCAAAUACCUGCCCCGGGGCUGCAGGUUCAAGGACGUGCGGGGUCUGCUGAAGGCCUCCAGCCUCAAACAGUUCCCCCUGGUGGACUCCCAAGAGUCCAGGAUCUUGCUGGGCUCCAUCCGGAGGAAGCAUCUCGCCAAGCUGCUGUCGGAGCAACUGAGCACGGAAAAGCGAUUCCAGUAUCUGCUCCGUCAGUCCGAGGCGAACAGCCCCACAGAGCCCCUGCUGGGUGCAGAUGGCGCUUCGGGGACCCCAGAGGAGAAGCCAGGAGCACCGAAGGUUUCUGCUGAGCCGGGCGACAGGGAGACAUCGGAGGAGGAGGAGCGAGGCACCCAGCUGUCUGUCAAGAUGAAGGACGUGCGUCACUUGGUGGAGGACUGGGAGUGCCAGCAGCUGCAGGAGCCGGUCCGGCUGGAGGAGCUGCCCAUCGACCCGGCCCCCUACCGCCUGCUGGAGAAGGAGACCCUGUACCAGUGCUACGACCUUUUCAACUUGCUGGGCCUGCGGACCGCCUAUGUCACCAACGUGGGCCGGCUGGUCGGGGUGGUGAGCCUCCGAGAGCUCAAAGCCGCAGUGGAGGGGUCGGUCAAGGGCACCUUCCCCAGGUGCCGGGAACGCGACGGGGACCCCGACCCCAACGGAGCCUCGGCCUAGCGGGGAUCGGAGCAUCCGACCUCCCCCCAAAACCCGGAUCGUGGGGGGAGGGCAGGGGAAAGAGAGCCCCCCACAGCGCCCCGCCCCCAUCUUUUCUCUGUCGCCCCCCACGUCCCAGCUCCAAUACCCCCCCAGUGACCCCUAAAUUAUUAACCCCCUGUUUUCUGGAGC